UUGGUGGAAGUCUUGGAACAAUAAAAACUAUUCAAGACCAAAAUUUACCUCAAGCACAAUGGUUUGUGCAAAUUUUAGAUCAUUUUAAUCCAACAGAUAAUCGUACAUGGAAUCAGAGAUAUUAUACAAAUGAACAAUUUUAUAAUAAAAGUGCAAAUGUUGUAUUUCUAUCAAUUGGAGGUGAAGGUGAAGUGAAUGCAACUUGGAUGGUAGAAGGUGCAUGGAUUGAUUAUGCUAAACAAGAAGGUGCAUUAUUAUUUCAAUUAGAACAUCGUUAUUAUGGUCAAAGUAGACCAACUAAAGAUAUGAGCAUUAAAAACUUACAAUAUUUAUCAAGUGAACAAGCAUUAAAAGAUUUAGCUGGAUUUAUAACUGCAAUGAAUCAAAAAUAUCAAUUGAUUGAACCUAAAUGGAUAGCAUUUGGUGGUAGCUAUCCAGGUUCAUUAGCUGCUUGGUUACGUUACAAGUAUCCACAUUUAAUUACAGGUUCAAUGUCAGCAUCAGGUCCAUUAUUAGCUAAACUUGAUUUUUAUGAAUACUUUGCUGUUGUAGAGAAAUCAUUACGUUUAGCACAUGUAAAUGGUAAUGAAUGUGUUAAUAAUAUAAUAGCUGGUACAAAACAAUUAGAUAUCUUAUUAAAACAUAAAGAUGGACAAAGUACAAUCGAUUCAAAAUUUAAUUUAUGUGAUUCAAUAAGUGAUUCUAAAAUCACAUCAUUUGAUAUAUCUAAUUUAUAUGAAACAUUAAGUGGUAACUUUGCAAAUGUUGUACAAUAUAAUGAAGAUAAUCGUAUCAAUUCUAAAUAUCCUGCUGCAUCAAACAUAACAAUACAAACAUUAUGUAAUAUUAUGUUAAAUGAUUCAUUAGGUGUUGAAUUAAAUCGUUUAGCUUAUAUAAAUACAUUAACAUUAAAUGUUUAUCAACAGAAAUGUUUAGAUUAUAAAUAUAAUAAAAUGAUUAAUAUAUUACGUAAUACAUCAUGGGAAUCAGAAGCUAGUGAAGGUGGACGUCAAUGGAUGUAUCAAACAUGUACUGAAUUUGGUUUCUAUCAAACAUCAACAAAUCAACCACAAUUAUUUGGUAAAGAAUUUCCAAUUGAAUUCUUUAUACAACAAUGUUUAGAUAUCUUUGGUAGUAAAUUUAAUAAACAAUUCAUUUUAAAUAAAAUUCAACAAACUAAUAUUGAAUAUGGAGCUUUAAAUAUUGAUUUAACAGAUAUUAGUAAUAUUGUUUUUGUACAUGGUAGUAUUGAUCCAUGGCAUGCAUUGGGUAUAAUUAAAACACGAAAUAAUAAAACACCAGCUAUUUAUAUAAAUGGUACAGCACAUUGUGCCAACAUGUAUCCAGCAUCUUCUUUAGAUUUACCACAAUUACAAGCAGCUAGAAUUCAAAUUGGACAAUUAAUUCAUUCAUGGAUUACAAAUUAAUUAUUUACAAUUUGAGUUUGUAAAAGCACGAAUUUCAAUUUUAAAUAGAAAUACACAUCUUGAACGUUACAGUAUGUAAACAUUCUAAAUAAUUUUUGUUUUGUGAUUUUUUAUCACCUUUCCUCGUCGUAAUAAUUAGUUGUUAUUAACAAAAGCAGGGCUUCUUAAACUUUUGUAAUUCACGACCCCAUUUAUGAUUGCGAGUUUCUUGAC